CGCCAGUGGAAUAAUUUCAGAUAGAAACUUCAUUUUUCGUUGCCCGUCAUGCCCAUCCUCUACAACCCCCAAACGCAAGAGCCUUACCUGCGCCUCCCGGCACCGCUCAGCCACAUCAUCCUCACCCCGCACCGACUGCACCAACUUGAAGAGACCGUUUCCGCCAAGGUCCCGCUCUUGAACGACCCGCGGAUUUACCUCAAUCUGACGGGUCCGCCGUACCCCUAUCUCCGCGAGCAUGCGGAAGAGUGGUUAAAAUCCAGCUGUGCGGCCGCUGAGCCCGUCCUUCAGGCUCUGCGCACCGAAUUCAAAACCUCGGUUCAGCAGCAACAGUACUUUGACCUGUGUCCCUUCACGGUCAUUCGGGAAGUCAUAGAACAGGAUCCCGAGACGGGUCACCCACGGCAGGAUGUCCUGAUAGGGGAUAUUGGGAUUGCGCGGUACAUGUUCUAUGAGUAUCGCCAUGACAGCGCAGAGCGUGCGGAGGCGCAGCGUCGGAAUAAUGAGCUACUACCCGGGGACGAGGGGAUUGCGUGGGGUGUUGGCUACUUCCUAGCCCCAUCAUAUCACGGCAAGGGGAUCAUGACAUCGGCCCUGCGGACGCUGAUCCAUGACUGGGGAGUCCCGCGGAUGAAUAUCAAGCGCCUCAUGGCUUCGGCCUUUGUCGAGAAUGUCGGGAGCGUCCGCGUCUUCGAGAAGAAUGAUUUCGAGGUCCUCUGCACAUUGGAAGAUUGGGAGCCCUAUCCGGAGAAUAGGGGUGGUGGGUGGAAGUCGCUUACCGUUGUCAAGUGGCGGGGUCUCUGAUUACCAGCGAGCCUUCGUUUUGGCUGGGUAGCGCUUUGAAGCGUGAUUUUCGAUUGCUAGUUUGCGAUGAGUAGAGUUUACGUUAUUUUUAACAGUUUACGUGAUCUUUUGGGCAGGGUUUAAGUAAGGUCGUGACCCAGGGUUAUACUUACGAUUGAGUACGGGCGGCAGCAAGGGCGGCUAGCUACUGUACUGUAUGAACUGUUCAUAAUCCUUUUCUCUCAUAUAGAACAUGAAGAUAAUGUGUAUAACAA